AUGCUGCUACAGGUGCUAUCAAGAUCUCAACUGGUGGUGUGCUAUAAAGCCAAGGAUGUGCUCCUGGCAGGAUGUCGUAUCCAGGACCCGCAGGUCUCAGGGUGGCUGCUGGACCCGGAACAUUCUGCCUCAUGUUUCCAGGACCUUCUCAAUAAACACAGCAAAAGACCCCACACAACUCCUGCACUGGGUACCAAGAAGGUGUCUCAGGUCAUCUCAGGUCUCUAUUCGCUCCACUGGCUCAACAUGGAGCUAUGCUUUAAACUACAAAGCCAGGGCCUGUGGGAGCUGUACUCAGACAUGGAGCUGAACAUGAUCUCUGUUCUCGCAGAAACAACCUUAUGGAUCCGCCACCAGUCUGGUUUCAAGACUAAGAUGAAGCACUUGGAGCAGGAAGCCCACCGAGCAGCAGGGCAGAUAUUCCUGGUCACCAGCAGCACUCAACUACGAGCAGUCCUGUUUGAGAAGCUGAGCCUCCACGAGCGCUGCGAAAACAAGAAACUCCCAAAGACCAUCAACACACAGCAACAGUCAACAUCAGAAGCCGCACUGUUGCAGCUUCAGGACCUCCACCCUCUGCCAAAGAUCAUUCUAGAGUACAGACAGGUUCACAAAAUCAAGUCCACUUUUGUCGAUGGGAUCCUCUCCUGCAUGAAGAGCAAGAACUACGUUUCCUCGACGUGGCACCAGACCAGCGUGGUGACUGGGAGAAUCUCAGCCAAACACCCAUUACUGGAGCUGUCCGUGGUGCUGAACUGCAGGCUGUGUGGAAAGCAGCUUACUUAUGAACCUGUGCUGGGGAAAG